AUGCAAAGAGAUGAUCAUCACACCAUGCAAUCAGAGACAUCAAAAGAAAAAAGACCAUUCUUGGCUUUUGCUUACCGCAGAUGCAAGAAGUCACUGUUGCAGAUUCCCAAAAGUACAAAAAAAGGAAUCACGAAGGCAGUCAAGUACACUAUAAAUCUUUUCAAAAAGAGAAAGUCUACCAAAGGCGCAGGAAAGAAGACUUGCUCAAGUUGCUUGGAGAGGGAGAAGGCAUCUGCGGGUGUGCAGAAAGCAGAGGGGCCAUCCCAAAAGGCGAGUGCAGACGCGAACUCCAAUGCCUCGGGCGCUGAGAUGGAGGAAAGCCCAGAGGUGUUUGCUGGGGUGCUAGAAUACCUCAACGCGCUGAUGGCUAUUUUUGGGAAUGCAAACCCAAAGACCAGCGACUUCACUAUGCCAAUUGUCUUGCUAAACCACCUAAAGGAGAACAAGACCGGGGACCGCACUGAGCUGGAGAACCUGGAGGAGUCUAUCUGCUCUACUCUUUCCCAGGGAAGCGAGGACAGCCCGCUUCUUAGUGGAAACACCGUCAAAUACCUUAUAGCCAAAACACUUGAUCCCAGCCUCUACGUUAGACACUGGCUAGGAAAGAACAAAUGCCUGCGCAGAACAUACGUGAACAUGUACUAUGCCAUUUUGGGCCCAUUGAAUGUAGACGACCGAGACUGUUUAAGAAGCGCAAGAAAUGUCACUGCUCUUCUUGAUGUGGUAAAGCAGGUGAAAAAACACAUUAUAAGCCUGAUGGAAAACACAAGGAAUCUAAAGAGAACGGGCACCAACAUCGAAGUCAGCAUGCAGAUGGAGUCCUUUGUCAGCGAAAUCGAAGUAACUGAAGAAAUUGAAAACUUCCUGAACCCCAAGCCAGUUAUUGUUCAGGAGGAAGCUGCAAUUGAGCCAGAAAGCACAGAGCAGACUGCCCCCGCUGAACAGCCAGCUGAACCAGUUGAAUCAGCAUCCAUUGAGCAGCCAGCUGAGACUGUCCAGACUGCCCCCAUUGAGCAGCCAGCUGAAUCUGCUCCCAUUGAGCAGCCAGUUGAACCAGCUGAAUCUGCCCCCGCUGAACUAGUUGAAUCUGAACCGGUUGAAUCAGCAUCCAUUGAGCAACCAGCUGAACCAGUCGAGACUGCCCCCAUUGAGCAACCAGCUGAACCAGUUGAAUCAGCAUCCAUUGAGCAACCAGCUGAGACUGUCCAGACUGCCCCCAUUGAGCAGCCAGCUGAGACUGUCGAGACUGUCCCCAUUGAACAGCCAGUUGAACCAGUUGAAUCAGCAUCCAUUGAGCAGCCAGCUGAGACUGUCGAGACUGCCCUCGCUGAACAGCCAGUUGAACCAGUUGAGACUGCCUCCGCUGAACUAGUUGAACCAGUUGAAGCUGCCCCCAUUGAACAGCCAGUUGAAUCUGAACCGGUUGAAGCUGCCCCCAUUGAACAGCCAGUUGAAUCUGAACCGGUUGAAUCAGCAUCCAUUGAGCAGCCAGCUGAAGCUGCCCCCAUUGAACUAGUUGAACCAGCUGAAUCUGCACCCGCUGAACUAGUUGAAGCUACCGAGCCUGCAAACCAUGAGAAAGAAAUUGAGCCAACUGUGACUGCUGAAUCUGCGUCCAUUGAGCAGCUAGUUGUGCCAGUUGAAUCUUUCGCUACUGAAGAGGACUUUUCGCUCGUGCCUGUAGAUGCUAAGGAGAAACCUGCACCUCCAAAGCUCGCAGAGCCUUCCUCUACAGACGGAGAGUCUGAACAAGCAGAAGCCUCUGCUUCUUGCCAAUCGUCAGAGCCUCUCUCUGAAAGUGCAAAAUCCGAUGAGCUUCCCCAGGCUGCCAUAGAAAGCUGUGCACAUGUGCUCCCCAACAGGUGCACAGCAGUAAUGGCAGUGGAAGAGCCAUCCCCCAGCCCAAAGUAG